AACAUCGUACAAGAUUGCGGUAUUUAUUUCUAAAUAAACCAUCAUACAAAGUCGAGUUUAGUUUUAAUAUUAAAUAUUAAAAGUCAUGCUGAAUGUAAUGUAUCAUGUUUGUCCUACUUGGCUCGAAAGGACAUUGGCAUCUUUGUAUUAUAAGGCAAAAAGUAUUUCAACGAAUGGUUUUUAUGCAACACAUUGUCUUCCUAAAAUAAUAGAACAACGCAACAUGAAGGUUCAAGUAUUACCUGCACUUCAAGAUAAUUAUAUGUAUCUAAUUAUUGAUGAAGCAUCACAGGAAGCUGCAGUUGUUGAUCCUGUUGAUCCUGACACUGUUGCAUCUGCUGUUCAACAAAAUAAUGUUUGCUUAACAAAAGUUUUAACUACUCAUCAUCAUUGGGAUCAUUCAGGAGGAAAUGCAAAGUUGUUUAAAAAAUUUAAUAAUCUUCAAGUAUAUGGUGGAGAUGAUAGAAUAGAGGCACUUACAUGCAAAGUAAAACAUGAUGAUACUUUUAACAUUGGAAGUUUACAAGUUCGAUGCCUUGCAACACCAUGUCAUACUAGUGGACAUAUCUGUUAUUAUAUUACAGGAGAUCAAGAUCCUCCAGCAGUUUUUACAGGUGAUACACUUUUUGCUGGUGGUUGUGGUAAAUUCUUUGAAGGUACUGCAGAGCAAAUGUACAAAGCACUUAUAGAGAUUUUGGGAUUGCUACCUAAUCAAACUAAAGUAUAUUGUGGUCAUGAAUACACAGCAAAUAAUUUGAAAUUUGGAAAAUAUGUGGAACCAGAAAAUGAAGCAAUUCGUCAAAAGAUAGAAUGGGUUCGUAUACAACGUGAAAAGAAUAAUCCUACUGUGCCCAGCACUAUUCAGGAAGAAAAAUUGACAAAUCCGUUUAUGCGAGUUCAUGAACAAUCUGUUAUGGAUCAUACUGAACAAAAAGAUCCAAUUCAAACUAUGGCAUUUCUUAGAAGGGAGAAAGAUAACUUCAAAGUAUAAAUUUAUUUCUGUUACAAAAAAAUCAGAGCAUACACUUUUUAA